ACUCCCACUACAGAUACGAUGGCAAUACGAACUCGCCGGUCCAUGCCGGAGCAAACUGGACCCCCUUAACAUUCAGCCUGAUCCGACUUCCUCCCCUACCACAAGAUGCAGAUCGUCGAGAAUGCACACUUUGAGAGCGGGCAAAAGCACUGGAAGGAGUAGACUUGCGCCUUUGUUCUUUAAAACUGAGCAAUGAGCAAGCAUAGCUGUACUACAGCGCAGUGCCCGCCUCUUUCUUUGGGCCUCCUGCAAUGGGGCAUCCUCAAUCCUGUCGAGUCUAGAACCUUUGCACUGCGAGUGCUGUGGGUGAAGGGAGUUAGUUCUUUGUUUUCUUUGUUUUCUUGUGCGAUGAUGGAAAUGAGGCGUGAACCUCAACUCAACAGCCAGAGAACACCUUCAGACACCGAUAAAACCAUUUUAGCCAAGUACUCCGCUGCCACGACCGCCAUGCGUCCACAGGCACUAUUCCUCCCAUCCAUCCUCCUGGCUGCCUUUUCCGGUCUGGUAGCUGGUCAGGAUAACGAACCAGACUAUGUCGGUACAGCUAUACUGAAGGAAGUCUCCAAACGAGGAUCGGCUCCUACGCCGACCUGUGCCACUGGCAACUUUCUCUGCGUCUACUUCGCUGGCCAAAGCUGUAUCAAUGUAAACGGCGGUGAUACCUGUUGCGUGGACGGAAGUGGAAUAUGCUCAAACGGAUUUGAGUGUGGUACCGGUGUGGCCGCGGGUCGUUGUUGCCAGUCGGGCAUCACUCCUGCGCAAUGUGCUGCUGCCGUCAUCGUGGGAACCGCGACCACGAGACCUCCAGUGCCCAGUCCGACCAAGACGACCAAGACGAAGGCGGCGAAGCACACCACAACGAAGCACAAGUAGCCUCUCGAAAUCGCCACAGUUCGACGGCGUGUAGCGUUGCCAUUGGACUGUGCCGCCCCGAGAUCAUAGGCCUCACAGUGAUGUUGAGUAUUUUGCCUUCUGAUGUGCAACGACUUA